AGGUAUUGGGCAUGUAGAGCCACAGUGCGGCAGGAAAACCGCACCGCCACACCAAGGGAUAGAAAGCCAAACAUAUAUAGGUUUUCAAUUCAAGAAUACAUGGACAUGAGAAGGAAAAGCUAUCUGCUUCCAAAGAACUCAAACAAUGGAACUAUUUCAGUUUCCAUUUCAGACGAAGAGCAGCUUUUCCUCUGAAACCCAAGGAAACCUUCCCAGCUUGGUCCGACGAAGCCCACUUCAACUGCUAGACAACAGUAUGGAUGAAACACGCCAAGACUAGCGACUCGUUCCGCCAAAGACCCGCAGCCGAUCUCGCAUUGCGUGACUGAACAGACUUGUGAAUUAUCUGCGCCUCUGCAUCUCACAAUUUACAGUCCGUACUCGUUUUCUAAGGAAUUCCAGGGGUUGCGGGGAGGAGGAGGGAUGCGUUUGCGUUGUGUUGCUUCAUAGCGUUAAACAAUACAAUUAAGGGAGAAAUAUGAGCGAAGUUCAAGACGUCAGGGAUGUUAAGAAGACCUCCGUUGCUCCAUCAAUAAAGUCUUUUGAGCACUAUGACUUCUCCCGAGCCAAAAUCUGUUGCAGCCUCACAUGGCUGGUGGCCAAAGCGUACGGGACAGACAGCAUCCCGGCGGACUUGAAGGAGCCCUUCUACACGGACCAAUACGAGCAGGAGCACCUGAAGCCUCCUGUGACCAGCCUUCUGCUGUCCGCCGACCUCUACUGCAGGGCCGCCAGCCUCGUCCUGAAGAGCGACGCUCAGGAGCCCCUGCUGGGCCCCGAUGCCGUCAUCCAGGCACUGGCCAAGCGUGGACUCUACGUCACCGACCAAGACAGGCUGGUGACUGAGAAGGACCUUCGGAAAAGGCCUCUGCAAAUGAGCGCCCACCUGGCAUUGAUCGACGCUCUCAUGUUGGCGUACACGGUGGAGACGGUGAGCGUUGAGAAGGUGGUGGCCUGCAUCCGUCAGUAUUCGUCCCGCGACCCUGAGGUGGAAACACCGUACGAUACGGAGGACGCAGUGAACACCUGGAUCAACAAGGUAAACGAGUACCUGAAAGACGUCGUGGCUCAGGAUCAAAGGAAGAGGGACACGGAGAGCGCCGAGCCUGCCGGGAGUCCUCGGUCUCCAACCAAGUGGUACAUGAAGCUUGUGCCCGCGCGCUACAGGAAGGAGCAGUCGUCCACCCAGCUGGUUCCCUGGAUCCCCCCAGUGGACAACCUGCUGAAAGACAGCACGGACGGCUCGGCCCUGGGCGCUCUGCUCCACUUCUACUGCCCUCAGCUGCUGCCAUUGGAGGAUGUCUGUCUGAAGGAGAACAUGACGCUGGCCGAUCGGCUGUACAACCUGCAGCUCAUACAGGACUUCUGCAAAGACCACCUGAGCAGCUGCUGCCAUUUCAGCCUGGAGGACAUGCUGUACGCCUCCUCCAGCAUCAAGAACAACUAUUUAGUGUUCAUGGCAGAGCUGUUUGGGUGGUUUGAGGUGGUCAAGCCGUCUUUUGUGAAACCAAGAAUGCUGGACAACGAAGGCACAGAGCCCUCAUCCUUGUUGAAGACCAUAGCAGCUGUCCCCAUCUCCAAGGUCACCAAGAGGAGCUUCAUAGAAAGACCCCCAAGCCCGGAGAGACAGAGUUUGCCCCUUCGUCCCCAGCCUCGAAACUCAGGAGAGAUCAAGAGGUCAACCUCAAUGUCCUUUGUCGAUGGCAACCUCGGCACCUGGCCCAAAGAAAAACGGUCUGGGCCUUAUGGAGUGUCUUUUGACAUACCCUUCGACAAAGACGACUCUAGUUUCGCCGGUCCUUCCUCUACGCGUGGCAUGGUCAGGUCCGUCAGCUCUGAUGACGGUUCUGGCUUUAAAGUCCACCACAUGCCCCAUGGAAUGAAGCGCAACCUGUCCUUCCAGCCAGUGAACGGUCAGAAUGUCGGCAUUGAGGAGGAGGGCUGCCCAGACAGCCUGGCUGGUAUGGAGCCCUGCAGGCGAGCACCCACCAACGGACAUAGGAGUGCCAUGGCAAGCACUCCCUCCAUCGAGGAAGCCCUGGAGAUUAUCCACAGCCCGAGCAGACCCCCAGCGGAGGGGAUCAACAGCGGUUUCUUCCUGCACACUCAGGGCCACAGGGCCGCCGUUGCUCUGCUGGAACCAGUGUCAGAGUCAGACCCCAAAGGCCCUCUAAGCACCACAGACACCACCGAGUUGGACACAGGCGUCCAUAUCCGGACGGAGGACAUGCUGGAUGAGGAUUCCUCUCUGAAAGACUGCUCCGUGAACAUGGAACUGGAUAUAGACACGCCAAGCCCCUGCCCGAGCAGUCAGAGCAAAUCCCCCAUGGGAUUUAAGAUGACAAGCUUUGCUGAUCAGAAGAAAAGGAAGCAUUCUCCAUCGUUGCCGGACUCGGGGAGGUGCAGCAGCAGCUCCCUUAAAACCACCCCCGAGGGCUCGGACUUCGGCCCCCCGUUAUCUGUGUCCUGGGCACCGACCCCUGAGCACAGCCCCGUCCGUCAACAAACCCCACCUCCCCUCAAGGCUCGAGCAUCGCCCGCACCUGUACAACUGCCAGCCAAUGACCCGGCUCAGGUCAUGGCUACGGAGAUGGUAGAGUUGAGGAUGAGGCUGGAGGAGAAACGCAAAGCCAUUGAAGCGCAGAAGAAGAAAGUGGAGGCUGCUUUCACAAGACAUCGGCAAAAGAUGGGUCAUUCAGCGUUCCUCAAUGUGGUGAAGAGAAAAGGGGACGGGGCUGCCAGCGUAGAGGAAGGCGGGAAAACGAGUCCCACCUUCACAUUCGGGAGGAGCAAGGCAGACACACCUGAUGGGGCAGAGCAAAGCGGCACAGCCUCCUGCUGGACAAAGUCACCUGGGUCAGGAGAAGAUGGGGGUCAAGGCCACGCGCAGCUGACAGAGGUGGAUCUCACAGAGUACACACGUUCUAUUGAGAAACUCAACCACUCGUUAGCCUUCCUUCAGACUGAGAUGCAGCGACUGGCACAGCAGCAGGAAGUGAUCAUGACCAUGAGGGAGAAGCAGCAUCAGCAGGCGUGGGUGAUCCCUCGUCCGCAUACGAGCCCCUCGCCGCAGAAACACAAUCGAGCUGUUACUAGAUCCUCAGGACCGUCGUCUCCGGCCGACUCGCCCCGUUCCACCCAUCGCUCCCCGACCAGCAUCAAGCGCAAAUCGGCCUCCUUCCACUCUCGCAAUCCCCGCACCGCCCGACCCAACGAGCUAAAGCUGGCCCCCUACAACCGGGUCCUAACCGCCCCGCAGUCUGUCGACAGCAUCCCCAGGCUGCGCCGCUUUUCUCCCUGCCAGCCGCUGGGGAGCUCUUUUGUUUACAUGGGGGAGAGACCAGACACUGCCGGUCCAGGGGCAGCAGCCUCAGAGGGAGAUGAUAACGAGGAGGCAGAGUCCCUCCUGUCCCUGGAGAAGGAGAUCGCCAGUACAUCUGCAGCCAGCCCAACCCCCUGCUCCUCAAACCCGCAGGGGAAAAUAGAAAAAGCAGAAUCCGAUUCAGUUCAGAUGUCAGUGGCAGAUCCAAAACCAAUAGAGUCCUUCCCUGAGGUUCUGGCCCACCCUGUGGUAGAGACCUUCACGGUGACACCUACAGAGAUUCCUCCCCGACCAGAAGCCUUGGGUCAAGUCCCUAAGAGCAGCUUGAUUGAGGUUCCUCUGUCAGUCCUGAAGCCCCUGGAGGAUCUGACACUCUAUGAUGGUUUGGAUUUGCAGCAGGAGGAUGUGGAAGGUUCAGAUCACGAACCUAAGAUGUCUCGUGGUUUCUUCUUCAAGGAGGAUGGGAAUGCAGAGGAGAACAUGGCUCAGAAGAGGGCUGCACUGUUAGAGAAAAGGAUGAGGAGGGAGAAGGAGAGCCAGCAGAGGAAGAUGCAGCAGGAGGCAGAGUUGGAGCAGAAGAAGGAGGAAGCUCGAAUGAAAGCAGAGGAGGAGCGCACCAGGAAGGAGGAAGACAAGGCCAGGAAGGAGUUCAUCAAGCAGGAAUAUCUCAGGAGGAAGCAGCUGAAGCUGAUGGCGGACAUGGAUACUGUCAUUAAACCACGACCAGUCGUGACCAAACAGAGGCGGGGGCGUCCGAAGUCCAUCCAUCGCGACAGCAUGGACUCCCCCAAAACCCCAGUCAGAGCUGCUACAGGUUCACGACAAAGUGUCUUUUCAGUCUCCAGUUUGUCCCUGGCUUCUCUGAACCUGGGAGACAGCGACAGUGUUCACUCUGAGAAGAGAUCGCCAAGACCAGAUUCUGCGGAUGGAUUCCUGUCCCCGAGUCGAUCUAGCAGCAGGAAUGGAGAGAAGGAUUGGGAAAAUGGAUCCACCACGUCCUCGGUCACAUCUAACACAGAGUACACUGGACCAAAGCUGUACAAGGAGCCCAGCGCCAAAUCAAACAAGCACAUCAUCCAAAACGCCCUGGCCCACUGCUGCCUCGCAGGCAAGGUCAAUGAGGGGCCAAAGAACAAGAUCCUGGAGCAAAUGGAGAAAUCCGAGGCCAACAACUUCUUGGUUCUGUUCCGAGACUCGGGCUGCCAGUUCCGCUCUCUCUACACCUGCUGCCCCGAGAUGGAGGAGAUCCACAAGCUGACGGGCAUCGGCCCCAAGAGCAUCACGCGCAAGAUGAUCGACGGCCUCUACAAGUACAACUCGGACAAGAAGCAGUUCAGUCAGAUACCAGCCAAGACCAUGUCGGCCAGCGUGGACGCAGUGACCAUCCACGGUCAUCUCUGGCAAACCAAGAAGCCGGCCACCCCCAAAAAAGUAGUGCCUGCCCAGUCCUAAUGGAACUCAAACCCCCCCUCCUAAAAUGGAACGUACCCAAUUCAAUUUGCACUUCACUGUAAAUAUCCAUGAAGAUUCAAGCACCUGCAAUGCCAGUUAGAUGAAUGCAUAUUGGACUAUUCAUGUUUGUUCUGUGUUAUUCCUCUAAUUGCAUUCCUGUCCGUGUCUAUCCUCCUUACUGUGGACGGGACAUCAUGGGACUCAAUGAUUAUGAACUGGAAUGUAUGCCACUGUUGAAGAAUGACGUAGAUGCUUCCCACUUCUGUGUUUUUAGAGACCGAGUGUCGUUUUUGUCUCGUAUGUGCCAAACGUUAAAAAAAGAGACGGUGUGAAUGCAAGGACAUUAUAUACUGAAGCACUGAAUGUUUUUAAUUCGUGUACAGUUUGAUUUUUCUUAGUAUUAUGCUAUUGAUGUGUGGCCUUAAGCAUGUUUAGUUUUAGCGUGUGAGAGCAAUGGGGUUGAUUGUUAAACAGCAAAUACAGAGAGGCUUUUUUUUAGUGAUCGGAGAAGGCUCUCUUCUUUGUCUAUGUGGGUAAAACAGUUUGUAGAUUAAUGUAUGUGGAAUUACCAAGGGCCAAAAAAACGUAUUGCAUACAGCUAGCAGGAGCCACACAGUACAAGUGUGCUCAGCUUAACAAAGCCAAGCGGUUACAGCUUUUUUUUUGAGAAAGUAAUUGCAGGACGUUUCUGUAGAUGGCUGCUUCUCAACCAUUUGGAUUCAAAUGUAUGAUGUGUACAAUAUACAUAUAUGCUGUCAUGUUUGCAGUUUGUUCUGUUAAAAACCUUUUCCUCAUGAAAAACAGAAGUAGUUGCAACCUCAAGGCGUACUCCGAGAAGUCAAAUUGGCGGCCAGUGAAAAUAAAAAUCAUCGUUAAUUUGACGUCAUCAUGGUUUCUUUUCACUUUGGGUUCACGAGGAAGCAUCGCUUCAGCCAAAAAAAGUUGGGAAGCAACUUGAUCACAGGUUCCAAGCAGAUCUGUGAACAAAUAAAACAGCUUUGUACAUGUAUUACUUGGAUUGUUUAUAGUUAAUAUAAUGUGCAAAUUAAUUCAAUUCCAAGACAUGGACCCAUAAAAAGAAUCCUCUACAUAUAAAGAUCAGGAUUUAACAUUGCAUUUUAUUACUCUUUUUUUACAGUAUUACAUUUUUCAGCUUCAAACUGAGUUUAUUUGCCUUAAGGUCUUUAACUAUGAUACUUCAAGGCAUAUUUCUGAUAAGUUAAAAAGGAUUAUUUCUAUUUAAAACAAAAAACUGUCCUACACAUCUGGGUACCUUCUGCUCUUACACAACAAAUCACCCAAACUAAGCAAUGUGUGUGGAACGUUACUUAUAAUCAUGACAUGCCCUAAACAAACCAGUUGAUUCUAUUAGUAGGAUGAUUCACUGCUUAAGAUACUGCCAGGCAGAAUGAGGAAGACCCUUGUUGCUGCAUACGGGUAGAGACUCAACAGAGUUUCAUUGGUGUCAGUAUCAUGAUGCUUAUUUAAGGAUAUUUAUGACCAAAAGAAAGCAUGUUCAUGUUUUUGAUUACAUGUAAUCUAGUAUGAUGUAGGUUAUUCAUUGGUUUAUUGGAAGGAUUUGUUCAUUUAAGCUCUUUUUACCUGAUUCCGGCUGUUUCAGGAAAAGGUAAAUGGUUACUUUAUCAGUCAUGUUAUUAUAUAGUGUUUUCCCCUAAACUCAUACGUAUUUACUAAGAUUACUUUGUUUUGUUUGUCAGACAUUCUGCUGUCAUUCAACAUUUUGCUUAACGUGUUGUUUCUUUUCUUAUUUUUGGCAUUUAAUAAAUCCAAGCAUGGCCUCUGCCUUUA